AUGAUGGCUUGCAGCCGAGAGGUCGCGGAGCGCCAGCUCGCUCGGGACGGCUUCCCGGCGCCGAGCCUCUCCAAGGGAAGGCCCGUCAUCGCCCCCUACGUGGGCGACGGGAACGUGGUCUGCUACGGCGUGGCCGACGCGAAGCUGGCGCACAAGGAGGUGGUGAGCGAGCUGGUCUCGAGGGGCUUCGCUCUUCGGGACCUCGUCGAGUUCGACGAGGACCUGGACAUGGUCGGCUGCGUGCUCUGCGGUGCGCACCGCCGGUCCCGAUUCUGGCGACUCUACUGCGGCGUGGGCCAGCUGUUGGCCCGAGGGGGCUGCGCGGGCGACGUGAUGCGCGUGGUGCUAGGGCAUUUGGGCAAUUUCUUCCUGCUCUCACGGUGCUGCCUGAGCAUCUUGCAGCAGUGCUACCAGUUCGUUCAGGAGAACAUCGGGCGCUACCAGCGGUUCAACAGCACGGUCGUCGCCGAGCUCCGCACGCGCCAGGGGGCCCUGCCGCUGGUGGUCGCGCGGCUCAGCGACCCGUUCUACGAGAAGGCCUUCAUCAGCGACUCGUCGACCCACGGCUGCGCGCUUCACCAGGGCUACUUCAGCGGGGUCGAGCUGCGAGCCAUCGGCCGCUGGAGGGAGCGCUGGUGCUUCGCCGAGGUGGAGGAGGCCUUUGGCCUCGGCCUGGAGGCUAACGGGCCACGCCUUGACGCCAACUUCGACUGCCUUGGCGAGUCGUUUAACCUGGGCGAGGCGUCGGGAAGUGGGUCACGCAGGCCGGCGGCCGAGGGGCCCGUCGGUGCCCGCCCGCGGUCGGGAAAGGCCGAGGUCAUAGGCAUCGCGCCCGCGCUGCCCGAUGAGCUGCUGGACAGCGCGCGCUGGCCUCGGGUUCUGGUCGGAGCCUGGGACCGGCGGGAGGCGAUUUACAUGAAGAAGCGCUGCGUCUCGCUGGCUGGGCUCCGACACGCCGUGGCAGACCCUAGGGCGCACGGAUGCCAGGUCCUCUCUGUUGGUGACAACCUCUCCGAGAUCAUGGCGACCGAGGAGGGCAGGGCCGUCGACCAUUGUUUGAACGCCCUUUGCCGUCGCGCAGCCGCCCUCCAGCUCGGCGCCGAGAUCCGCUGGGUGAGGAGGUGCGUCGAGUCGGAACGGAAUCCGACGGACGCCGACUCGCGCCUGGCGGACACGGGCAUCCUGAAGGCGGGCGAGGCGUUGCGCCCCGGACGCCUGGCCGGGCGGCUGCGAGCGCGCGCCGUUGGCCAGGCGGGCGGCCGGGGCCCGAGCGUGGCACAGAACGCCAGCCAGGCAAGAUCUACUGGCUCCGAGGACUCCAACGAGGUCGCCAGGGGCCUGGCGUUGGCGCUCUUCAGUGGUCGUGUCCUACGGGUUUGUCGUCAGUGCGGGGCCACGGUCUCGGUGGAGAACCUGGCCACGUCUGGGAUAUGGGCCUAUGGGCCGCUGAAGAAGGAGCUCCAGAAGAGCUCGUGCAGUCCUGUCCGAUACGACGCGUGCAGGUACGGGGCCCCGUUCAAGAAGCUUACGAUUUUCAACACUAGCGUGGUCUCUCUUGGGGCCCUGGAUAGGAGGUGCAGCUGCAGAGUCCCCCACGAGAUCCUCGAGGGCAAGGUCAGGGUCGAGGGUCCAGAUGGACAUGCCAUGUGCGGGUCCAGCGGCGAGCGGCGGCGGCAAGCCAUCGCUGCUCUCGCCCGCGCCGACGUCCACCGGGCUGCUGACCACCGCGGGCCUUCCGGCAUCCAGCUCGGCGGGCCGAAGCUCGGGACCCUGCGUGUGCACACAGAGGCGGUGAAGCUGUUUUACCUUGCUUGCAAGAGCGCCAUGAUGCUGGUCGCCACGCAUCAGGAACUGGACGUGGCCAUGGAGCAAUACCUUCACAAGCUGUACUUCGACGGGGAGACCAUCUCUCGGCCGAACAGCACUGUGCACGGGCUCAUGUACGAGCUGAACCUCACGUGGUCGAAGACGUCGGAGUUCCCGCUCACUCGGAAGGCCCUGCAGGGCUACCGCAAGAGUUUGCGCGACGUGUCGCGGGAUGGCGCCCCGCGGGAGUGCGCGAUACUUACCUCAGGAUCUCGGAGGCCGUCGCUCUGGGUCGGGAUCAGGGAGCUCGGGAAGCCGACGAUGGCGGGCGCUUACGACGACACCGUUCUUGUCGGCGAGACAGCGCCAGAGAGGAGGCCUGUCUUGCGCGCGAUCCUCGCGCAGAUCCCUCGGGCCACGAAGCCCGGCGAGCGCCUCUUCCCGGACCUCGCGGCCGCGAAGUGCGAGCUGAUCUUCAGGCGGGCCUGCCAGGCCUUGGGCUUCGGCGAUCCCAAGCUUCGCCCGCGCAGUCUCCAGCGCGGCGGGGCCUCGGUCGACGCCCUGAACGGGGUCGACACUCUCGCGAUCCAGAAGCGCGGUCGCUGGAACGUGAUCGCCUCCUGCCGACGAUGCGAGAAGAAGGGCCGUAUCUUGAGGCAAUUGGCGAUCCUCGGUCAGACCCGCGUGCAGGAGUCUGCUGACGAGCUGGCCCGGUUGGUUUCAAAGCCCCCGCAGCUGCUCUUCUCAGCCCUUACAGACAGAAAGGCCACAGGGGACCCCGGCGGUUGCGGGAAGCUGUUGGCGCACGAGCGUUGCGACAUAAUUCUGCGCGAUGUUAGCCCUUUGGCGUAUUUCACGAUUCACCUGUGA